CUGACAUAAAGCAUAAAAAGUGGCUCUUUGCUUGUGAGAAGAAGUUUCUCUUUACUGCUUCUAUUGAAAAUGCGCUAGGUUAUAACACGUGUUAACCUAACCUAUUUAUUAUAAAUGUAUAUUUGUGAAUAUAUAAAUAAUGAGUAUCAAGAAAAAAAUGAAAAAUCAAAAUGACAUUGAUGAUGAUAGACUAAGUGAUAGUCAAAAUGAGGAUGGUGAUGCAUAUGAUGAUGAACAAUCAGAAAUGGAACAGGAUGAUAAUAUGGAAAGUGAAGGAAACCCUGGUUGGGCAGAUGUAUUCCAAAAAAUAUUAAACACAAAUAAACCUAAGAAGAAGAAAACACUGGUGUUAUCAAAGGCUAAAAAACUAUCAGAUGUAGCAAAGAAAUCAGAAAUAUCAACAGAUGCUGAUGAUGCUGAACAAACUGCAGGUGUUAGUAAGAAGAAAAAGGUUCAAAAUGAUGGAGAAAACAAAGAAGUCAAGUCAAAGCUUAUUUCUUUAAGAAAAAAACCAUCUGUUUUAGACAGACCAAGAGAAAGAGUGUUGCAAAAAAUUGCCACAAAAGGUAUUGUUCAAUUGUUCAAUGCAGUAGAGAAACAACAAGCACAAAUAAACAAAAAUUUACAAAAUGCUGGUCCACUUAUGAGAAAACAAGAGAAAGUACUCCAAAAUGUUGAUAAGCGUGUAUUUCUGGAUAUGUUGAUGGGAAAUACAAAAAGUAUAUCAGUAGAUGACGAAGUACGUGCAGAACAAAUUGAAAAAUCCGAAACUGAUAAAGACGAAAAGGUUUGGAGUGUGCUACGAGAUGAUUUUGUCAUGGGUGCAAAAUUAAAAGACUGGGAUAAAAAAGCUAAUGAAAGUGAACUAAGUUCUGAGGGUGAAGAUAUUGAUGGGCCUUAAUGAUGGAUUGAUAACACAAUAUUAGGAUGAUGUUGAAUUUGGUGUUUUAAAAAAAGAACUAGAGUCAAAAGAGAGAAGAAAAAAAUGAUCAAAAAGUGAAAGGUACCCCCACGAGUAAGCUAGUGUACAUUGGGGGUGAUAACAACUACGCCAAUGCGCAACGCCAAUCUUCGUAAUCGUGCCAACGUCCAGGGGUGUUCGAUGUUAACCUAGGCAUGAUAUAUAAUACAUACAUGUAUACAUGAUAUAUUUGCUGACCUAUGUGGAAUAAAAAUUAUGUUAUAGAUUGAA